UUCCAAUUCAAAGAACAGAAACCGCAAAAAACCCUUAAACCCUCUUGCCUCAGAGCGCUAUAGUUUGUAUUCGCCGUUGUGCCAAACCUUGGAAAUUUCAUUUUAGCUGUUAAAAGAUUGAUACAAAAUUGGUUUCGAUUUGAUAUAAGCUAAUUCAAGCGUUGAUCGAAGUCAAUAGGGAAGAAAAUGGCUUUGGGGCUUAUAAUAGGGAUAGGAAGAGCGAUGCGAAGGAAACGUACAUCAUCACUUGACAUUCUCUCGUCGAAACGCGCCCCGCGAGAUUAUUACAAGGGAAAGAAUUGCAAGCCAACUGGUUUCCAUACUCGCAAAGGUGGGUACGUCGUGGUGCCAGAGAAACUGCCGAACUAUGUGGUUCCUGAUUUGACUGACUUCAAGCUGAAGCCAUAUGUAUCCCAGUGCCCAACAGAAGUCAAAACGGCUGAGGCUGCUGAAUCAGCAAAAUAAGUGAUUGAUCUUUUCUAUAUUGCUGCAUUCCUGUGCAAGGUAUUCAAGUUAGCAAUGACUCUGUGAGUUGAAACUUUAAGGGACACUUGGUAGUUUCCAUGCUUCUCUCCUUGUUCCAGAAAUCUGAACAUUGUCAGUUAUUUGUUUAAUUAUGAUUAUUUAAUAAUAGCUUACUAUAGUGGAAACAAUAUAAAGAAACUUCUUGAGUUCCAUAGGUCAUUAUGUCCGACGACAUGGAUUAGAUUGAAGGGUAGCUUGCAACUACUUUUCUCGUUAACAUUAUAGCCAAGUACUCCCAAUCAAUUUCGUUAUUUCUUUUGUGA